CAUAUUCACACACACUCUCUCUCUCUUUGAUUUUAUAAAGCAUACAGAAAAUGUGAACACAAAAACAAGUAACCACCACCAGAAAAGAAAAAAGCGCGCACACACACAAUAAUGUCCCUCUUAGCACACAAGACUCCUCCUUCAUUCCUCCACACUCUCCACCACCGUUUCCGCAAUUCCCAUAAAUACCACCACCACCGCCGCACCAGCAUCUACUCUUACCGAUUUCCCCCCGCUCUCACCGUCUCCUCCUCCCUCUUCGCCUCCGCCAAUGCCAUCGUCGCCGCCUCCGGUUCCUCCGGCUCCGCCGUCCACGGCGCCGUCACUUCCGCCAUCACUCAAGUCGCUGUCACCGCCGUCGCUAUCGCUUCUGGCGCUUGUCUCUCCACCAAGGUCGAUUUCUUGUGGCCCAAGCUUGAGGAGGAACAGCCAGGUUCUUUUAUACUGGAGGGAGUAGAUGUAACUGGGUGUCCUAUAUUUUGUGAUGCAAAGGUGCAAAAGGCUAUUGCAUUUGCGAAAAAAGCUCACCAAGGACAAUUGCGGAAGACAGGAGAUCCUUAUUUAACUCAUUGUAUUCAUACUGGAAGAAUCUUGGCAAUGUUGGUUCCAUCAAGUGGCAAACGAGCUGUUGAUACAGUUGUGGCUGGGAUUCUUCAUGAUGUGAUUGAUGAUACAUGCGAAAGUUUGCACAGUAUAGAAGGAGAGUUUGGUGAUGAUGUAGCUAAGUUGGUAGCUGGUGUUUCCAGGAUAAGUCAUAUAAAUCAGCUUUUACGGAGAAACCGCAGGAUAAAUGUUAACCCAGACACCCUUGGUCCUGAAGAGGCUAAUAAUUUACGAGUUAUGCUAUUGGGCAUGGUUGAUGAUCCACGUGUAGUGCUCAUCAAGCUUGCAGAUCGUCUUCACAACAUGAGAACCAUUUACGUCCUGCCGCUGCCAAAGGCUCAAGCUGUCGCUAAAGAGACCUUAGUUAUAUGGUGCUCACUUGCUUCCAGAUUGGGUCUGUGGGCAUUGAAAGCUGAAAUGGAAGAUCUGUGCUUUGCUGUUCUUCAGCCUCAAGUUUUUCGUAAAAUGCGAGCUGAUCUAGCUUCCAUGUGGACCACUAGCAGCAGAGCAGGAAACCCAAGACGAAUAUCUGCAAGAGCCAGCUUGCUACCGUUGGAUGAAAAAAACAUAGCUUCUGAGGACAAAGGGUCCAUGGCAAUUGAUGAGGACAUCACAAGCAUGAAGGAUCUUUUGGAAGCUGUGGUUCCUUUUGAUAUCUUGCUAGAUCGGAGAAAAAGGACUAAAUUUCUUAAUAGUCUCAGAAGCACUCUGGAGACGCACUCAAAACCCAAGGUUUUGCGCGAUGCUGGAAUCGCUUUAGCAUCUCUAGUGGUUUGUGAGGAAGCACUUGAGCGGGAGUUAAUUUUAUCAACUUCUUAUGUUCCGGGUAUGGAGGUAACCUUAUCUAGCCGACUAAAAAGCUUGUAUGGUAUUUACAGCAAGAUGAAGCGCAAAGAUGUCAGCAUCAGUAAAGUAUAUGAUGCCCGUGCUUUAAGGGUAGUUGUUGGAGACAAGAAUGGAACUCUACAGGGGCCUGCUGUUCAAUGUUGCUACAGUCUUCUCAACAUUGUACACAAGCUUUGGACCCCCAUUGAUGGUGAAUUUGAUGAUUACAUUGUUAAUCCCAAGCCUAGUGGUUAUCAGUCUCUACACACUGCAGUGCAGGGUCCUGACAGCUCACCUUUGGAAGUUCAGAUAAGAACCCAGAGGAUGCACGAGUACGCUGAACAUGGACUUGCUGCACAUUGGCUCUAUAAGGAAACUGGCAACAAGUUGCCUUCCAUUAGCAGCAUGGAUGAAUCUGAAAUAGAAGCAUCCUCCUAUAUCUCUAAAGACAUGGACAAUCAAAAUUCCAUGGUAGAUGACUUGUUUCAUAAGUAUAGUUCCCUCAAAGUUGGACAUCCAGUCCUUAGAGUUGAAGGAAGUCACUUGCUUGCUGCUGUUAUUAUCAGAGUAGAUAAUGAUGGCAGAGAACUGCUUGUUGCUGUGAGCUUUGGACUACCUGCUUCGGAAGCAGUAGCCGCCAGAAGAUCUUCUUUCCAAAUAAAGCGAUGGGAGGCCUACGCAAGGUUAUACAAAAAGGUGUCCGAUGAGUGGUGGUGUAAACCAGGACAUGGAGAUUGGUGUACUUGUCUAGAGAAGUAUACACUCUGUCGAGAUGGUAUAUACCACAAGCAAGACCAAUUUGGGCGCCUACUGCCAACCUUCAUCCAAGUCAUUGACUUGACAGAGCAAGAAGAAUCUGAAUACUGGGAUCUUGUAUCUGCAGUUUUUGAGGGCAGACAGGUCGAUUCUGUAACAUCUAGGCCAAGCUUUGAAUCAAUUACUUCAACUUCCAUGGAAGCUAGCAUUAACAAGAAGGUGCGUCUAUUGAGGACAAUGCUUCGGUGGGAAGAGCAACUACGCUCUGAAGCAAGUUUAGGACAACCAAAGCAUGGUGGAAAACCUUAUGUUAAUCCUGGCUCGGUUGUCCUUGGGGAAGUGGUGAUUGUAUGUUGGCCCCAUGGUGGGAUAAUGAGGUUGAGGACUGGUAGCACGGCUGCAGAUGCUGCUAGAAGAGUAGGACUUGAUGGAAAGCUAGUAUUGGUCAAUGGCCAGUUGGUAUUACCCAGUACAGAGCUUAAAGACGGGGACGUGGUUGAAGUUAGAAUGUAAAUAACAUUGUGUAGUAUAGAUGAUAGGGGAAAAAGAAACAUUGUCACCAAUUUGCAGUAUGCAUAAUAUUUGAUAGUUUCUGAUACAGAUAGUUCAACAAGAGAAUGCGGGGCAUAGAACUCAAUAUUUUUAUUUAUUUUUUGAGUGUAAAUAGGCCCUCUAUAGGUACUUGAUUUUUUAGUGUACAUAUGGAAUUUUCUAAAGCAGUAAUGGAAUGAAAAUUCGUGUUCAACGUUAA